UGCAGACGUUGUUAACGGUAAACAUCACUGCAAUAGACGAGCGCUCAACGCGCUUUUAGAGGAGGCUGAUCAUGGCCGACGCGAAGCCGACCUCCUCACAUGCAGCAAUCUAUGCUAGUGACAGACCGGCACUGACGGCUCACCUGCUACUCUUAGGCCUUAGCCUAGCUCCUCUCGUUAUCAAUGUUCCCACCAACUUCAACAUCAUCGCGACGGCGGCGUUGGCAGUUUAUGCGGGGUCAUGGAGAUCUGUCAAACCAGCUCCACCAGCGGAGAGCAUGACCAAAAAGGAUGCCAUGCGUUUCCCUUUAGUGGGCAGCUGCGUCCUUUUUGGCCUGUUUCUCCUGUUCAAGUUCGUGCCUAAAUGGCUCGUGAAUGCGCUGCUGUCCCUGUACCUGGGGGGUAUCGCCAUCUUCGUCCUCACGUCCGCCGUCAUGCCAUACUUGUUGGACUACUUUCCAGAGAACAUUCGGCAUCAUGAGCUGGCUCUCCCGCGGAUAAAAGUUCCAUAUGUGUUCGAUAACUCGGACGGCAGCAUGCGGCCCACAGUUCCUGAGCUGAUCUUAGCGUCCAUUAGCCUGGGCUUCUGUGCCUGGUACUACGCCAAAAAACAUUGGUUUGCGAACAACUUGUUGGGCUUGGCGUUCUGUCUGGAGGGCAUCGAGCACCUCAGCUUGGGCUCGGUGCAAGUUGGUACAAUUCUGCUAGUCGGGCUGUUCUUUUACGACAUAUUCUGGGUUUUUUGCACGCCGGUGAUGGUGUCGGUCGCCAAGAAUUUCGAUGGACCUAUCAAGCUGCUGUUCCCUCGUGCCGGCACGCUGGAGAAUGACAAACGGCAUUUCGCAAUGCUGGGGCUUGGGGACAUCGUUAUCCCAGGCAUUUUCGUGGCCCUAAUCCUGCGGUACGAUGUUCAACGCAACUUCCGGUCCAAGUACUUCCGUUCUGCUUUUUGCGGCUACGUGGCCGGACUCGUGGCCACAAUCGUUGUCAUGAACGUCUUCCAAGCCGCCCAGCCAGCAUUACUUUACAUCGUGCCAGGCGUGCUGGGUGCCGUACUGGGCCACGCUUGGCUGGCGCGCGAGUUCCGCGCCGUGUUCAACUUCAGUGAGGCCGCUCCUGAAGACAAGGAGGGGGACGCCAAGGCGGUGCAGGGGCAGGAGUCACAAUCGGCGGAGGAAAGCAAGAAGACGCAAUGAUCUGCGUGUAUGGAGGGGAGGCCGCACGGAGGGGCUCUGAU